AAUUAGAAAAGUUUUGAAAGGUUGUGUCCUUAUUUGUACGAAAUCUCCUUUGAUUUUAGUUAAAUUCUCUUUAAUCCAUUUAUAGAGUAAUAUUUCAUCUGCACUAACCAUUUUGAUCUAAUGUUAUUUCAGACCGAUCAAAAGCUACAGGUUUGUGACAUUUGUGGAGCAUUUUUGAGUGUUUAUGACAGGCUUUUGGGCCCAGUUUUACGAGGAUAACUUUUGCAGCUACAUAAUGUGCAUCUUUUUCUGUUUUAUGUGCUUGUUGAUCUUGCAAUUGUUAGAUAAUAAACAUUUAGGAAACUGUACAGUGCAAGCUCCUGCAACUUUUUCUAUUUUCUGGGUAAAAGUGUUUUGAUUUUUCUUGUUCAUUUCAGUGAUCGACAUUUAGCAGAUCAUUUUAGAGGCAAACUUCAUUUAGGCUAUAUGCAAAUCCGUGAUAAACUAGCAGAGCUUCAGGUAAGAUUAUUUAUCUGCUAUGGUGGCUUUGCUUUAGGAAUUACAUUGGGGUAGGAAGUCCUUGCUGUCCAAGAUUUUCGUUUUACAGAUUGCCUGAACUUUUCUCCACAUGCUAUGUGCAUUCAGCUUUUCUUUUCUUUUUCCCUUUCUUUUUUUUUAAUAAAAUUAAUAAGACCUUUAUUUACUUCCUUUGCCUAUUGGAUUCUAGUAUAACAGCAAAUUAAAUGCUUUUGUGCUUAGUAAGUAUCUCUAUUCUUCUAUAGAUCUUUUGCAGAUGUCCUUAAGUUUGUAUUGUGAAUAUGUUGGUUCAGGUGCUGGUAUAUUGUUUCACAUUCUUCUAUAAAGAUUCUCAGUUAGUAUCAGCUGUGAGUUUUUCUGACCUUGGAGAAGAAUAUUAUGCCCCGUUUUCUAAUUUCUUUUGAUUGUUUGUAGAUGCUGGACUUGAAAACACAGCAUUUUCUACGUGUCUCUGCAUAUUCAGUUUAAAAUGCAUUAUGAAAUGUCUUGGUUCUCAACCAAUUUUGAUAGCUCAGUUUUGUCUGCUGAAAGCGGGAAAGAAAAUGUAAAAUAUGAAAUCAAAUUAGACAGAAAAAGUAGAAGAAAUGAUUUUGUUCGGGGCAUUUUAAGAAUAGAGGGAAAAAAGGGCUCUUAAAAUCUGAUGAUAAACCUGAUGGAUGGAAGGCCUGGUUUGGUCAAGGUAAGCUGCCUAUGGAUUAUGCUUACCAUUUAAUUCUGACCUAAUAGUCUCGUGGUAUGUUAUAUUUAGCUAAAUUGAGGAGGCAUUUAUAUUUUUAAAAGAAGCAUUCAGCAGCACCUCUUGUUAAGUAACUUUUAUCAGGAAGAGAGAAACAAGAGCUGCAAACUUGACCAAUAUGAUGAGAAGAGAUCAAAAGAAAGAAGUAGAGAUCAGGAGAGAGAAUCUAGUUGUGACCAAGACCAAGCUAAUAGUCGUGACCGAGGGAGGGAUUAUGAUUGAAGAAGCAGAGAUCGUGACUGGUACAAUGAUCAAGAACGUGGUAGGGAUUAUGACCGCCCUCAGACUUAUGAUUCUAGAAGUCACCGUCGGUCACGUUCAAGGUCACAUUCCAGGGAUUAUGAUUGUCACAGGUACAUUUUUCUCUUUGUUUAUGGUUUCUAAAGUUCAUUUUCACAUCUACUUGUGUAUGAGUCUCCUGCCAUUAUUGGUUCAUUUUUGUAAUUCUAUAUGUGUUUGUUUACAUGUCAAAUUGAUGCUUGUUUGGAUUAUAUGUAUGCUUCUGAUCAUAUUCUUCACUUAACUACCUGUAGCUUGUUGAAUUUGAAUUUGUGUUAAGUUAAUAUGCUAUUAGUUUUCUAGUGUAAAAUGUGCCAAAGCUGACUUUGUGAUGGGGUUUUCACCAUUGUUUUCAAAUUUCAUGCUGAACUCUAGCUAAGAUUUGAGCCCAAGAAGAAGCUGAGUGCAAUAUAAAGGCCAGGGACAAUC